UAACCGCGUCCAUGGCCGGGAAGACUGGCCGCAAAGCCCCGGCUCCCCAGCCGGUGGUGGAAGUCGCGCAAACUCUGGAGGGGGAAGCGGCGGGAUCUGGCGUGACCAUCGCGGAGACGGGGUCUCCUCAGUCUACCUUGUCUACAAUCUCUCCACUGUCUCCGUCGUCUCCGGCAGUCGGGCCGUCGGCCGCCGUCUCGGCCGCGGCCACAGGGGUUAGUGAGACGCCCGAAGGCUCCAAGACUGCACCAGAGCCGGAGAAGAAUCUCUGGGAGCAGAUCUGCGAGGAAUAUGAAGCUGAGCAGCCUCCCUUUCCAGAAGGGUAUAAAGUAAAACAACAGCCAGUGAUUACUGUUUCUGCUCCAUUGGAGGCAACAGUUUCCCCAGGUUUAAGUCCAGAACACUUUUUUCAAGUUACCCCAAAUUAUGCCAUUGUCCAAGAUGUACCUUGUGUAGCACCUGAAGCUCCAGAAGUUUUUGACCCCAAAACAUGUUCUCCCAGAGAAUAUCUAGAAAAUUUUGUAUUUCCAGUGUUGCUUCCUGGAAUGGCUAACCUACUCCAUCAAGCUAAGAAGGAAAAAUGUUUUGAGCGGAAAAAAACAAAAUUUAUUGCCUGUGAUUUUCUAACCGAGUGGUUAUACAACCAGAAUCCAAAGAGGAUAGAUGAGCCAUUCACAGAAUUCUUCUCAAUUCCAUUUGUGGCAGAUUGGCUAAAGAUUCAUCCUAGGCCACCAAUUCCUCUGUCUCUCCUUCUGUCAGAAGAAGAAGCAACCCUCAUCAUCCAGUCAUUCUGGAGGGGCUAUCUGGUUCGUUGUGAACCUGAGAUCCAAGAAUUGCGCCAGUGGCAGAAGCAACUGAGGGAAGAUAAUCACAUACAUCAGAGAGUGAAAGAAUUCUGGGCUAAACAAGAAAAAAAAGUGAAAUGCACAUUAGAGGAUGAAGAGCAGCCUCCCACCAUCACAGAUGUCCCAGACAAGUGAAUGGCAUCUGCCUCUUGCAUUCCUGAGUCUCAGACACAAAAGUUCUGUGCAUGCUGGGCAAAAUGAAGCAUGUAGGUAGAGUCGAUUAUGUACAAACUUACUAUCAUUAUUCUCUGGAGCUUUCCCCACAAACAGUCACUGGUCUAGAUGUUUCCCUCCUGCAGUACAAAACUGCUUUGAAAUGCAGUGUGACAUUGGUACUCUAGCUGCCUAUCCCCUAGUCCUAACAGAUAAUGCACCAUUUUCUGGUUCUCUCUAAGCAUUCAAAUCCAUUUCCCCACCUUUUGUGAACUUCUUAGUUGCAAUUCCAAAGAUUCAUUUUCAAACUGAGAUCCCAAACCUGGGAAUUCUGGGUUUUCUUUACCUGAAGCUACAGUUUUUUGCAAAUAUUUGCUCAUUUUGAAUUCCUUUGCUACUGAAGUACUUAAUUUCAAAGGAGAACAGUAUUUUUUGGGUCAUGACAAUCCUUAACACUCACUAGAACCUACAGGAGUGCAAAUGCAAGCAAUGAAAAGAGGAGACCAGAGUGAGUUUUCACCUCAAACCUCUAAGUCAAAAAUAUGGUAGAGAGGUCUUUAGCUUCCUGCUGAAAUUAAUAUCAAGUCCACAUUCACUCUCCAAUUUGCAGUC